AUGAAUCUUUCACCAAGUAAUGUUGAUCAACUUGAAGUUGCUUUUUCAAGAUGGUGUCAAUUUUCAACAACAUCUAAUCAAUUGGUAACCAAAUUAUUAGAGUCAUCUAAUGAUGGAAAUCAAGAUGUUUUUAAAUUUUUAAAUCAUCUCUCUACAAAUUAUGAUCAAGAAACAAGUAGAUUAGAUUUAUGUCUGUCAUCGAUGACUGUCUAUAAAAUUUGUAAACCAAUGACAUUGGUUUAUAUAACUCAACUACUUGCAACCAUAAUGUCUCAUCCAAUUACAACUAUGACUACUUUUGGUGACCUAUCAUUAUACAAAUAUAAUCAUCCAAUUGAUCAAGGACAACAACAUCAACAGCAACUAGUCAUUAUUGGUUAUAAUAAUCUAAUUUGUGAUUACCUUUUAUUGUCAACUGGUCAACAAUUGGAUACUCUAAUAUCUAUUGCAAACAAACAAGUUUGUAAAGAAGCUGGACCAAUUCUAAUAGAUGUAAAAUCUGAAAUACCAACCUCUGGAGGACAAAUUACUAUUACAGCUCUUUACUUUUCACCUGAAACUAUCAAUGUACUCAUUGGAGAUAGUAAUACCUUUACUGCCACAUUUCAACAACAAAUCGAUCCAGUCACCUUUAUCUACUACCUACCACAAGGUAGUGGUAGAAAUAUCCCUAUUACUUUGGAUUUGGAUGAUGAUUUUGCCAACAACUAUGAAACUAUAAAGAAGAAACAAUUCUUUAUUCAUUAUUCAUUCCCAUCAAUUUCAGUUGUGAUUCAAUCCUAUGACAAUAAUAUUGAAUCUAGUAGUACAAGUACAUUGACCAUUCAAGGAGCCAAUUUUGGAUCAACCCCUAAUAAUGUUCAAGUAACCAUUGACAGUGAUACUCGUUGCAACAUUGAGACGAUUGUUGAUACAUCGUUGACAUGUCAGACUCUUACAUCAAUGGUAUCAGGUCACCAUGAUAUUAUUGUAACGGUCAAUGGUAUCCCUACAACAUCUACUCAUACCCACUUGACACUUGAACGAUAUACAUUGGAUGAAACCAUCAUUGGUCUAUCACUCUAUUCACUCGACUCUCCACAACAACAAAUACUUGAAAAGGGGUCUUGGGACGAUCGGUAUGGUGUAAAAGGUAUUGGAUUUUCUAGUCUACAAGAAUCAAUGAUUCAAGUAUUUGUAGGUGACCAACAAUGUACUGUUGAAUCUCGUGAUGAAAGAAAUAUUAUAUUUAGAAUAUCCCCUCAAGUCGGUCCAAACCAGAAUACCCCAGUUACCACAAACUUUGCAAACAAACAAACCAAACUUGUUGAAUACAACUUUAAUCAGUUUUCCCAUGCCUCUGCCAUUGGUUAUAUCGAAUACAAUUUAAUGACAGCAAACUCUACACAUGGUGGUUCAAUGGUCAUCUUUGGUGAUCAUUGGGGUUUCCAAACUAAUCUAGUACAAGUCACCAUCAAUCAAAUACCCAUCACAUGUAAACCAUUUGGUGUAUUUGUUGAAUGUAUUAUUCCACCAGGUUUAAAUGAUACAUCAAAUAAUAAUAAUAAUAAUAAUAAUAAUAAUAAUAUUCAAGCUAAAGUAAACUCUAUUCAAGCUAUAUUUUUAAACAAAUUUAAAUAUAAUGAUCAAUAA